AUGCCAUCUAAAAAGAGCUUGACUCGUCAUCAGCCAGUGCAGCUGAUUGACUUCUUGCGCGCCGACGUCGAUCAGCCAAUCCCUACGCAACCAUCAAGCUUCGCAUCUGCUCUCUCAAAUGUCAGUCCCGUCAUUAGCUUUUAUAAAAGCUCACAAAGCACAUCAUCCGGUGAUCCGCAGCGUGCUAGGAUUAGCAAGGCGACCGGCAAUCAAAAUGUUAACUUUGUUCCAAAUGAUGAGGAGUUCCCGGCUGUGGGCGCCGUGCGCAGAAAGCCAAAGCCAAAGCCAGUUCGGGCUCCGUUCGUUGCGCCAGCAGAGUCGCGCCCAGCCCUACAGCCAGUGGCUCCGGCCCAGGCCACUAGCCAGCGCAUUUCCGGCGGCUUUCAAGUGCGCCAGUCGUCGUCAGGCAACUCGCUCGACAAGCAACAGGUGGUUAACAAAUGGCUCAAGUCUGUGCAGCAGCCUUUCGUGCGAUCGCAGCAAUUGCAAACACCAUUUCGCACCUCCGGCUAUACGCAGUCGGGCUGCAAGAGCGUACCGGCAGCUGCCCCACAGGAGCAGUCGCCAGCCAAUAAAGUGAAUAAGGCGCCAGAGCCUGUGGCCAGCCCCAAGCGUCCAACCGUUGCGCAGCCCAAACAAAAAUCAUCAGUUAUACAAUUGGAGUCAUGCCCCUCAAAUGCGUCUGUUUCCAUGCCGGUGGGCAAGGUGGUGCCCAGCGCUCCAGACAUCCGCUCCAUGUCUGGCGAUAGCGACAGAACUCUAGUGCCGAUCAACGAGGCACAAAGUGCACAGCCAACGAGUCGCCAAAUGCGCCGCAAGGAGCGACGCAUGCGACGCGAGCAAGGAGCGUCAGCUCAGAGCUCAAGUCGCGAGCAUCCGGGCCUGCCGGCACAACUGCCCGAGGAGCUGGUGGCGCAACAGCCCGAGGAGCUAAUGGCACAACAGCCCGAGGAGCAAGUGGCGCAACAGCCCGAGGAGCUGGUGACGCCGCCCAGUCCCAGCACACACAGCGCGCCAGUUGACGAUGAUGUGUCCUUUAUGCAGGAGCUGCAGCAGGCGCUGGCCAACAACUCAAUGCCAGCGGAAUCCCAAUUGCCGCUGGAAAGCAUCGCAGCACACAGCACACUGAAUUGGAACGCCAAUGAAUUUCGUCCCAAUCCAAGCCCAGUGGUCAUCAAGAACUCAAGGAUUAGCGAGCGUCGUCGUCGUCAGCGCUUCCAUCGCACACUCAAGCCCAAUGCACUGUUCGAGCUGGUCUCGCUGCCAUCCGAGUUUCAGUCAGGGUCCCAGACAGAGCCGCCAUUGCAAUCACAAUUAACUGGCAGUAGCCAGGCACCGAGAGCCACGUAUAAUCUGUCCUCCAGCUACUCAGAGGCAAGCAGCGCUCCAGCGAUUGCCGCAGGCUCGAGAGUCCAACCGCUGCCGCCAAUACAGCACAGCUGUAGCACUGACAACCAGUCGGUUUUUCGGCUCAGCAGCCUCCCCAGCACGGGUAUCGGGACGGGCGGCAUCAGCAGCCGCAGCAGCCGCAGCAGCAGCAGCAGAAGCGCCGACACCAUCAGCAGCACUUUGGUGACAACCGUAGACGACCCCAACGACGCUUCUGAUAAUAUGCUGCACAGCCGUCCGCUCUUGGACAUGGAUCCGGCAUCUCCGCAAACGGAGGCGUUUCUCUUCCUCGAGCCAACUAAUAUUGACUUGAGCGCUAAGCUGGCUGCCGAUAGGGCGACGGCCGAGAGGAACCGCGGACCACGUCACCUGAUAUUUGUGAAAUGUGACAGUCCACGGCGUCGCAAUAUCGAGGUCGAUUUGAAUUUCAUGCCACCGAGCAUCAAGAAGCUGUAUAGCCUAAUCUGCGCCAAAUACUCGGACUAUGCCUUUGUCUAUGCGCUGAGUGCGCAGCUGUCCCAGGAGUUUGUGCCCAUGGAGUGCUAUGUGUACCUGAAAAUGGCGCUACUGAGUAGCCUGGCCAGCCUGGAGCUGGACGAGAUGCGUGCGCCCAUUUCACUGUGCGUGAUAUGUAACGACAGCUAUAUGGCCAAUCUGCUGCUGCACCAAGUCGGGCAACUGGCGCCCCGUUUCAUUGGGCCGCACGAGGGCUGCCAAGAGCCAGUGCAGCAUUCAGCCCUGUCGUCGCGCCACAAAUGGGUGAUGGCCAGCCCAUUGCUGUUGGCCCAGCAGGGCGUGUACUAUGCCGGUGACUGGAAUCGCUUGACGCGCGCUCAAAGCGAGGAGCUGGAGAAGUGCAUUGAGAACGGCAGCGUGCCGGUGCCGCAGCUGCAGAGCGAGCAGCCGCUCGAAGCGGCCAUAUGGACGUAUUGGCAGCCGGAGAAUGCAGCCAACCAAUCGACAGCGUUUGCCAAGCUUUGUCCCAUCUUUGGCCUGCCCGUGCACAUGGGGGAGCUGGAGAACAAUACGCUGUGGGACUUUGUGCUGAGCCAGCACCAAAGCGAUAUGCCAGAGGAAAUACAUGAUGCAUUUAAUAUACCCAAAGAUGAUAUAAGAACAAUGCUCACCUUUCUCCAUCAGCGUCAGGUUACUUUCACCGUGGAGGCGGAGCUAUUGCUACAAAAAUACUAUGUUGUCUCUCGCAUCGAGCAGCCGACUGCCUUCAGCAGCAAGACUUAUAUUGUGCUAAAGCAAUUUGCUGAAUCGAUUGCCAAGCUGUCCAUGCGACUGGAUGUACUCGAAGCCGACGUGGCCGUUGCCAUCUUCCACUCUGAGAACUUUGUGCGCAGCAUCUUUGGCGCCGGCGAUUUUCCGCCACCUGCCGUUGUCAACUUGAACGUAAUCUCUCGCGUGGAUCCGUACAUGAAUGAGUUUGCGCGCUGGCUAUAUCAAUAUCUGGAUCGCUACGAGGACAAUGUGGACGACGACGACAGAGCACAGCCGAAGCGUCAACGUCUUGAUAUCCCCUAGGAAUAUAAAAAGUAAACGAAUGCUGCACAGCCGAUACUUAUACUUAAGCUCUUAUGUAUAUAUGUAGUAUGUAUAUAUAUAUAUGUAUAUGUAUGUAUAUAUCAAUUAGCCAAUAAACAAACAAUGAUAUCUGUGCAGUAUUUAGAGCGGUUUAA